AUGACGCUCCCGGACGCCUGCAAGGAGAUCGAGCCGUACUUCAAGCUCUCGGCUGAGAAACUCAAGGAGAUUGUCAAGUACUUCCGCGAGGAGUGCGAAGAGGGCCUCCUCCGCUAUGGCGAGGACGUCGCCAUGGUCCCCUCCUUUGUGCCCACUGUGCCGACGGGAUCCGAGACCGGAACCUUCCUUGCGCUCGAUCUCGGCGGAACCAACCUGCGCGUGUGCGAGGUCAAGCUCGAGGGCAACCACAAGUUCUCCCAAAAGCAGCAGAAGUACCGCGUCUCGGAGGACCUGAAGGAGGGCGAGGCGAGGGUGUUGUUCAACUACAUUGCCGACUCGGUUGACGCCUUCCUGACCGACUUUGGAAGCGAGAUCCCCAUGGACGAGAAUGAGCCCCUGCACCUGGGUUUCACCUUCUCCUUCCCCGUCGAGCAGACCGCUCUCGACGCCGGCAAGCUCCUGACAUGGACAAAGGGAUUCGCAGCCAAGCACGCUGUCGGCAACGACGUCGUGCGCCUGCUCCAGGACGCCUUUGACCGCAAGCACAUGCACGUUUGCUGCAGUGCGCUCGUGAAUGACGUGAGUGGCUUUACAAUUUCCCAAGCUUCGGUUUUCCCUCCAAAGAGUCAAGCUGACAUUCAGACUGUCGGCACGCUGCUCUCGCGCUCGUACCAGAACGGCCCGGCGCUGAUCGGCGCCAUCUUCGGCACGGGCACGAACGGCGCGUACAUUGACAAGACUAGCACGAUCAAGAAGCUCGGAGAGGAGAAGAUCCACAAGCUCGAGGAGGGAGGCGCGGACGCGGGAGAGUACAUGGUCAUCAACACGGAGUGGGGAGCGUUUGACAACAGGCGCCGAUGCCUGCCCGUGUCCAUCUUUGACAACAAGCUGGACCGCGAGUCGAUUAACCCGCGAAAGCAGACGUUCGAGAAGAUGGUGUCCGGCAUGUAUCUCGGCGAGAUCACGCGAAACAUCCUGCUGUACAUGAUCGAUCUGGGCGAGCUGUUCGAGGGUUACUCGACCGAGGUGCUGAACACGCACUACGGCUUUGACACGUCGUUCGUGUCCUACGUCGAGGGUGCGAAGGACCUGGCCGAGGUCAAGAAGAUCAUCGUCAACAUCCUCAAGGUCAAGGAGAAGCACAUCUCGGACCGCGACGCCGAGAUCGUCCUCUGGGCGUGCAACAUGGUCGCGCUGCGUGCAUCCUACCUCUCGGCCUGCGCCAUGGCUACCGUCAUUCUGCACACGGAGAAGAACAGGAGGAAGGAGGAGAGCAAGACGAUCGACGUGGGCGUUGACGGAUCGGUCGCCCAGUACCUCCCAGGCUUCGAGGAGAAGGUGCGCGAGGCGCUCCGCCUCAUCAUCGGCGAGGAGUGCGCGAAGCACAUCACGAUCGGUCUCGCCAAGGACGGCUCGGGCGUCGGCGCGGCGCUCGCGGCGCUGACGGCGAAGAAGGCGGCCGAGACGCACAAGCACAGGCGGAUGUCAAAGUAA